UUCAGGAGAGAGUGAUAUUACCGGGAAUGAAAAGUCCAUCUUAGAUUGCGCCUUGUAUUCGAGGAUGUAUUCUGACAUGGAGGCCCAAAUACAUAUACUUGAGCAGGAAGCCUACUGUUCUGUCCUUCGUGCUUUUAAAGCUCAAUCUGAUGCCAUUACCUGGGAAAAAGAAGGCUUGAUGACAGAACUUAGGAAAGAACUGAGGGUUUCAAAUGACGAGCAUAGAGAGCUUCUGACCAAGGUUAAUGCUGAUGAUGUUGUCAAAAGGAUAAGGGACUGGAGACAAGCUGGUGGGGACCCAUCUGCAAGACUAAGUGUAUCUCAUCCUGUUCACAGUCUUUUACCUAAUCCAACUGUUUCAGCGCCCCGUAAGAAACUAAAGACAUAUCAGACGGGUCAUUCGUUGCCUGGCUUAUCCUCAGCAAAGGCUAUGCAAUAUCCUUCAGUUUCUGCUGGAAGUAGACAAUUCAAUAAUCGUGGCUUUGUUGGUGGCUUUCCGGCAAAUGAACCUGUUGAAGGAGCAACUUCUGAUACCCUAAUUGGAAGGAAAGUGUGGACAAGAUGUCCUGGAGAUAGCAACUUCUAUGAGGCUGUGAUCACUGAUUAUAAUCCAUCUGAGGGGCGCCAUUCUCUGGUUUAUGAUAUAAAUACAGGAAAUGAGACCUGGGAAUGGGUCGAUCUCAAAGAGAUUCCUCCACACGAUAUCAAAUGGGAUGGUGAGGACCCUGGCAUCUCUUAUCGAAGGGGCCAUGGUUUCCAUGGAGCUAAGAAAUCCUUUUUUCGUGGUGAUCCUGCUCCAGGACCAGGAAGAGGCCAUGGUUCGAUUAAGAGUCAAUCGAGGAAAGAACUUUUGCCCGGUAUUGAAAAGAAACUUUUGAAUGAGAUUGAAAUACCAAACACAGAGAUGCUAGUAAAGGAGGUGGAGAGGGUUUUUGAUACAAGUGAUCCCGAUCCUAUUGAGCUUGAGAAGGCGAAGAAGAAGCUGAAAGAGCAGGAACAAGCGCUCAUCGAUGCUAUUGCGAGGCUUGCUGAUGCAUCUGAUGGUGUAAGCGGUAACCAAUAUAUGAAGAUCAACCGUCCCCUCGCUAGCGGCCGGCUGUGA